AUGGCUCAGCUUUCUAUCCGUGCUCGCGGAGGUCAAGGUGGUGAUCUCUGUGGUGAAAUAUUGCCCGCAAGUCUGGCUCAAUUACCAACGGAAAAGCACCGUCGGUUGGACGAUCUACAAUGUCCUCCUGGACUUCACGGGAGGUGGGAGGAUGAGAGGCUUUGA